AUGAUUGAAGGUCGUCUACUCGCCAAGCCCGACAUUGGUCAACAUCUCACAAGUCCCUUCUUCCCCUAUCGUCUCUGCACUGCCAUCAACACAAACAUCGAUCACUUUCACUCUCUGAUCACACAUGUCCAGUCACAACAGCAACAACAACAACAGCAAGUAAUAGUCAAUACAUUGUUGUCACGACUGACACGUGUAGAUGUGUUCUCAUUUGGCGCCACACCAAUCAAUGAGAGUAAUGAGAGCACGGUAAAGAAGUUGUUUGGCAGUAUCAAUCAAUCAUUGAGGAAGAUUACAUUGCGCACACCCUUUGAUAGCACAACUGCAAUGGACACAUUGAUACUUCAUGUACUAGAGCAUCAGUAUCCACACCUCUCAACUAUAUCCAUUCACUUUCUCGAUGGUAUUGGAUCAUAUGAUAGUGUACUGUCGCUGUUGGAGAGAUGCGCGCCCACCCUGACCAAGCUGAGCUUCUUCUCAAUCUUCAACACUCGCCACACCGACAUGAAUGUGUCGCCGAUGGAGCGCGAGGCCACCACCAAGUUCUUUGAACGAAUGUUUGGCAUCCUCUCCAUCACAAACAGUCGCGUUCAAUCAUUGCUCAUCAAGAGGUUGUACUUUGGCGAGUUGCGACCAUUCCUUCGCGGACUCUACACAAUGCAGCACAUCAAGAAGCUCAAGCUGCUCUCAUAUUCAUACUACACGCGUCCCGAGAUGGAUGACUUCAACACUGGACUCGUAGAGUUUGUGCAAACGCGCAAGCUCACCAUCCUCAAUACGCCAUUUCCAGUGGGAGCCGAUCUCCUCACAGCCAUCAUGUCCAAUGCAAGCAUCGUCCGUCUGCGAAUCACUCCCUUGGCCAUGGCCAAGCUUCCUGCCACAUUGCGGAGCUUGAUCCUUGACAAUGAGACACCACCUACAGUGUUUACGACAUUGAUCACAUUGAACCCAACAUCCAACCUUGUGCGAUUACUCCUGUUUGAGCAUCGACACUACCUCACUGCCGACAACUUUGAUCAAUUCCUCGACUUUAUGCGAACGAGCAAGUCGCUGUCCACGUUGUUCCUAGGUGACUACCUAUUCCUCACGGACGAACAAAAGGUGUUGUUGAUCACAGUGUUGGUACGUGAGACAAGUUUACAAUCAUUGCUCAUUGGAAUGACCGACCCUGAAGACCAUAGUAUGGUCACAAACAAUCAGGACAGUAUAAUAGCACGCACUACAAAGGAGUUUGAUGACCUCCAAUACCUACUUUCACAGCUGGCACUAUAUCCACAGUCCAACAUUGAUCACAUACUCUUUGAGAUCAUCGACCGAAAGUUGUUUGAACAGAUGAUGAUUGAUCGACACAUGGACCUUGGCAACUUUGUCUUCCACUACUACCAUCACUCAUUCGCCAUGAAGUUCCACAAGGUCAAGCAAUCAUGGCUACAAUGA